AUGUCUUCCGCAAUCUUAACCCAGUGUGCCCGUGACCUUGUCCAAAAGGUCUCUACAGAGAUGAAGUUGGAAUACGGGAUGUCUUCGAUGGCACCGUCAAUAUACGACACAGCAUGGCUUGCUAUGAUCGAGAAAAAUACGGAUCAAGGACCCCAGUGGCUUUUCCCUGGAUGUUUUGAAUACCUCAUUGAGCACCAAAACGAGGAGGGAGGCUGGGAUCCCUUAGAACAGGCCACUAGAACCGUCAAAUAUCCGGCCAAUGUCUGGCUGCCAGAUUGCAUCAUCCAUUCUUUGGCUGCUUCCCUUGCUCUGUGCUGGCAUAUCCGCCGCGCGAUGCCCAAAGGAGGUGACGUCCCUAGUGAUUCGCUAGCUCGGUUGCUCCGCGCAAAGAAAUUUCUUGAUUCCAAGCUGCAUGUAUGGCAGCUUGAUGGAACCACUCACUUUGGAUAUGAGUUGCUUGUUCCGGUACUCUUGCGACUUUUGCGGGACGAAGGUAUGACUUUCGAAUUUCCGGCGAAGGAGGCCUUGAUGGAGAAAUAUCAAAAAGCCUCUGAUAUCGAUAUCAGUUGGCUUUACAGCAGCCCAUGCAAGAUUCCUCUUUUCUGUCUGGAGGGGUUCCUUGAGAAGCUUGAUUUUAGCAGGCUCCAGCAUCUAGUAACCUCGGCAGGCAUAGUUGCCUCGCCUGCCUCCGCCGCAUCAUACUUGAUCUAUUCUCCUCUAUGGAGUGAUCAGUGUGAAGCCUACUUACGGCAUGUUGUGUCACAUGGGCAAGGCAAAGGGAAUGGUGCGGUUGGGGGAGUGUUCCCAAUGGAAAUAUUUGAGCCGUCCUGGGUUCUGACCGCACUUUUGGAAAAUGGAUUCACGGUGGAAUCUUUGGGGCGAGAACAGGUGAAUGAUAUGGUUCAGAUGAUCCAUCGAAAUUUGGAAAACGGGGUCACCGGCGCGACCGUUGAAUUCCUCCCGGAUGCGGACGAUACUUCAAGAGCUCUUACCGCUCUGAAUCUUCAUGGUUACCAGAUUAGCCCAGCCGCCAUGGUAGAAAAAUUUGAAGUUGAUCAAUGUUUUGAAACAUUUGACGCACGGAUGCCUAACCGCGUGAAAAGCGUGAGCGUAAACGGCAACGUCCUGAAUUCGCUCCUACAUGCCCCAGACCCGAGUGCUUUUACUUCUCAGAUUGAGAAGAUUGCAAAGUUCAUGUGUGGACGAUGGAAUACCGACAGGAAAUUCGAGGAUCACUGGAACCUGUCUGAGUACUAUGGACUCAUGCACAUGGCACAGUCGCUCGUACCGUUACUGGUUCUUUGGGAUCAAGGAGGAUUACCCUCGCUACCAGAAGAUUUGGUUCAGAGCGUAAUUCCGUCCUGCUUGCAGGAGGCCAUGGUGCGAAUCCUACAACAGCAGAAUUUAGAUGGAUCUUGGGGCGAUAUUCAUUCAAGGGAAGAAACUGCUUAUUCAAUCAUUGCCCUAGCAAAUCUGGGCUCUCAUGCUGCGGUUGGCGAUGACUUCAGUCGAGUCGAGUUGGCCAUCGCACGGGGAAAGCAGUUUCUGUUAGAGAAUUGGCAACUGGGUGAUAAGCCGGACCGGAUUUGGACAGGAAAAAUCUUACAUGGUAUAUCAUACGUUCAGGAUGCAUAUGUUGUGGCUGCUUUGAAGGUCAGUCGCGUAAAUUUGGCAGGGAAACGGGGACUUUGUCCCAAUUAA